GUUUAGCACUCUGGGGCGAUUGGGCACGAAAUUCUGAAAUUCGUGAAGAAACUGUUGUUUUUGCAACUAAUAUGAAAAUUCAUCGCUCAACAAAAAUUUUAGGUGCGAUGACAUGGUCUUCUUAUCUCUUUAUUAAUCCUCCUGGAUUUGAAGAAGAAACUAAAAGAUUACGAGAUUGUUUCUUGGCCUACAAAUCAUCGCAACACCGUAAAUAUAGCUGAAAGUCCUCCGACAUUUUCUUGACCCUGGAAAUUAGAUCAAUCAACGUAAGAAAACAGCAACUCGCUCGUUUGAGGUUCACAUCAAUGUUUAGCAACGUUAAAACGUAUGGAGCGCUUGGGACGACGACGAAAAGUUGAAUUUUAAGUUCAGUCACUUGUGAUAUCAAAUGCGCGUCGACAUGGAAAAGAGUCGAAAUUCAAAUGACUGUUUGAAUACGAUAUCGCCAGCUCAAACAUCUGGAUAAACGUAUCUCCAUCUUAUCACCGUGUGAAACCAGUAAAUAGAAAUAAUAAUUCGUUUAAUGAUAAAUUAAUUGAAUCGAUGGCGAGGGCAAAAUCGUCCAUUCGUAAAUGUGAAAAUUAAAUGAACUUUGAAAAUUUGGCACCGCAGCGUUUUCAAACUGGGCGGCUUGCCUAUUUUCGGGGAAUUCUUUCCAGUGCGAGAAUGAACCAAGGAUUCACUCUGAAAUUCCAACGUCGAGAAUACCAAAUUAUUGAGAUGGAAGAAUAGAAAGAGAAAGAGAAAUCCGUGUAUAUACGUUUGUCACUUCGUAUUCUUUCACCUUCGGAGGAAACGAGAGAGACACGGUAGACGAAAAAAGGUGACAAAAAGAGAAAGAUGGCAAUGACGCGCGUGCAGUCAAUUUUAUCUACUUAUCGGAUCGAAAGAAGGAGCGAGAGAAAAAGAGAAAGCAAGUGGGAGACGGCAGAGUAAGAGAGAAAGAGAAAAAACGAGAAUUCGUAUCCACUUUUAGGUGUCUCUUGUGCCUCUUGGCGUGCCUGUGUAUUAAAUAAAAGAUGAUAUUGAAUCGAGGAUUGAGAAUAUUAGUACAUGGCGUUGUAUGCAUAAGUUGAAUGAACGAGGAGAGUGAGAAAUUUCCCACCACUCGUCAUGCAUAAAAGAAUAAGGAGAAGUCGAAGAAAAGGAAGGGGAGGGGGGAACAGCUUAACCAGCAUUCUUGUACUCCAGCAUAGAAAUGUCUAUGUAGCUUGUUAGACCGAGUAUGCCACAAGUCUCUAAACCUCGUAGCUGAACGAACGAAAUUAUUUGAAUUUAAAACUGAAACACGAAAAAGUUGGCCAAACUAUGCUGCGCAAUUUUCGUUUAAAAGUGAAUUCAAAUAAACCAACGGUUGAUCUUCAAAAAGUUUUAAACUCGAUACGCCAAAAUUUGUUUUUAAUUAAACUUUAUUUCUAAUAGAAUUACUGGACGGUUUUUCAAAUUAUUCUCUCGAGCUAUUGGUGCUUAGCAGUUUUUUUACUUGAAUUCCCAUUACUUCGCUAUUUAUAACUGUUAUGUUUAGACAGUUAAUCUUAUUGUAGAUAAAAAAAAGUGUAAUUUUUUGUUGAUUUUCAUAGAUUACAAUUCACAAAGUUUGCAGGCGAUUUUGGAAAUCAGUGAUGAAUAGUGCUUAAAAAAUGUUCUGACAGAAUAGACACAAACUUUAUUCCAUUCAACUGUAUUCAUUGAUUUCUUCAAAUCGAAUUAUCCUCAAGGACGAUAAAAAGUUUGAGAAACAAUGCGAAUUCAGGGUGUAAGAAAAUUUGGAAUUUUCGUGAUAAAAUCGACGCCAAACAGUUCAACUCGAUCCUUCUCGGGUCUCGUACCUGUCGAUGGAAAUGGAUGGUCAAAAUAUGCUAAACUGCAAUGGAAGAUGAGGUUGAAUUUUCAGAGAUGUGAAAGUCGAGCAAAUAUUUUUUCGAAUACGAAAAUACCGGAGAGCACAAUUCCUCUUGCGAGAAAAAACAAAUGGAUUCCUGGAUCUUUCGAAACUUUCGUGUCGCUCUUUAGGACCGAACAAGCCAUCAAUCUCCAUGAAUAUGUCGAUAAAAAUCACAAGGAACUGGGACCAAUUUUUAGGGAUCGGAUCGGCCCUGUCGAUUUGAUAUUCGUCAACUCGCCCGAUGAUUUUCGAAAAAUAUUUCGGCUCGAAGGCUCAACGCCCAUGCAUUUUUUGCCGGAAGCUUGGCACUUUUAUAACAAAUCGCGCAAUUGUUCUCGAGGACUUCUCUUCAUGGAUGGCGAAGAAUGGUUACAUUUUCGUAGAAUCAUGAACAAAGUAAUGCUGAUACCAAAUCCAGUAAACACCAUGGCACCAAGAUGUUACGAAGCAGCUCAAGAUCUCGUUGAGCAAUGGAGCAAUUUCGCGGAUACGUCGAAACCGAUAGAGGGACUGGAAACUCGACUUUAUCGGUGGUCUAUCGAAGUAAUGUUGGCGAUAUUAAUCGGAUCGUCUUGGAAAAACUACAAGCCAAGAAUUGAUAAGGAAACGAUAAAACUUGCGAGAAUACUUCAUCGCAUAUUCGUCCUCAGUGCAAAAUUGUCUCUCCUACCGGUAAAGUACGUGAUUAAAUUUCGGUUGCCCGUGUGGCGUGAAUUUUGCCAGGUUGUGGACGAAGCACUCGGUUCCGUGCGAGAUAUCGUAACAGAAAUUCUGUGUCUCGAAGGUGAUGGAUUAUUGAGUCUCAUGAUUAAGGAGGGAAUAACGAAACAAGAAGAUCUUGUGAGAAUUGUCACGGACCUAGUGAUAGCAGCUGGUGAUACGACGGCGUAUUCAACUCAAUGGGCACUACUUACACUCGCGAAAAAUCCCAGGGUUCAAGAUAAACUUUUUGAAAGAGUAAAAUACUUGGAGCCUAAGGAUAUCAUGUCCGAUUAUUACAUUAAAGCGAUAAUCAAGGAAUCCUUGAGAUUAUAUCCGACAGCACCUUUUCUCGCACGAUUUUUGCCAAACGAUGCAAUCAUCGCUGGACAUCACGUUUCGAAAGGGGAAUUGAUGGUCAUGUCGAUUUACUCAAGUGGCAAAGAGCCGAAAAAUUUCCCAGAUCCGCAUGAAUUUCGUCCUGAACGAUGGAUGAGAAAUGAAGCUGGGAAUUAUAAAGAAGUGAACAAUCCUCAUGGCACUCUUCCAUUUGCUCUUGGAGCUCGGAGUUGUGUCGGUAAGAAGUUGGCUGAAACUCAAAUGAUUCUCACACUUAGUCAGAUCGUCAAGACUUUCAAAAUCGAAUGUUCCAACGAAGACGCGAUAAGAAUGAUUCUGCAUUUAAUAGCCGUUCCUUCAAAGUCAAUCAAACUCAAACUGUAUAAAAGAUGAGUAUUGUUUAUUAGGUUGAAAGAGUAAAACAAUUUCUAGAACCAAUUAUAUUUUACGAAAUUUUAUUGUGAUUUGUAAAAUUUUAUUUUUCAUGCUUGCAUAAUGUGAUGCGGUUGAUGAUGUAAAAUUUUUAAUAAAAACAACGCCUGUAAUAUUGAAAAAUGAUUGAAUAGUAAACAAAUAAAGAUUAUUGAACGAAUUAA